AUGCGGACCAACGCGUUCAUGGACUACCUGAAGGACUUCCACAAGCAGCUCGGCGGGCUUGGCUUGCUGGACGGGAAGCCGCAUAUCCUCGUGCUCGGAGAUGGACUCGCCUCACGCGUGGUGGUGACCUCGGACGCCAUCAGGCUGGCCGUGGACCUCAACAUCGUUCUCUUCCAGCUCCCCCCCCCACACUUCGCACAUCACCCAGCCCUUGGACGUCGGAAAUUUCAAGCGAGAGGUGACGAAAGUGCUGUCAAGCUCCCGCCUCAAGAACGGCGGGAUACUGCCGCGGAAAAACGACGUGCCAGGGGCAAUCGCAGAGCUCUGCGCUUGGAAAUCGAGCUUUUCACCGGAGCGGAGCAGAACAAGGCAUCAUUCGCCGCCGCGGAGCUAUGGCCAGUGAACAAGGACCGGGCGAUAAGCCGACUAUGGGGAACGGCAAAGAGAAAAACGCGGCCAACCGAUCGCCCACCCCUGGAGGAUGUCAGCAUCGUUGCUUCAAUCCAGGAACUCGAAGAAUCUCUCGGCGGGGCGGCCGUCAAAGACCUGGAGGUGAAUGGGCAUCUCGUCGUGGGGGUCAAGGCAAGUGCGGUGAUGGUCGGGGGGCUCUUGAACAGGUGA